CACGCCCACUACUUUUCGACCAGAUCGACAGGGAGACGAGCCUGUAUGUAGCCUCAACUCAUCAACUUCCCCUUGGUGGUUCUCACCACCUCCUCCUCGAUAGAUCUAGGAGCCACCUGUAUUUGUGUAUCAACUACUUUAUCUCCGCUGCGACAUGGCCACAGAUCAGUAGACCAGCCACAGCCACGGCUGUGUGAGUCUCUUCGUUCGCCUCGCUCCACCCGAACGACCCCUGCUGAAAUGUCAAGAUGGCUUCGAAACCAACCGGACCUUGGAAAGGGCAUAGGCAGCUCACUACCAAAGCCGAUGACUCGAGUUACCCCGGGCUGACCCCCGCCAGCCCCGACAUGGCGUCCAAAACGCAGUAUCUCGACGCUCAGAAGGAGGAGAUUAUGGUUCUGCAGGCCAUCUACGGCGAUGACUAUAUCGAGCACAAGGCUGCCAACACAGCCUGGCAGAAGUCUGAGCCGUCCUUUGACAUCCGUGUCAAAGCCCUCUCGGAUGAAGAAGUAGCCGUCACCCUGAGCGUUGUUCUCACGGCCACAUACCCCAAGUCGGCCCCCUUGCUCAGCCUAAAGGACGAGGGUGUCCUGAACGAAUCGACUGUAUUCAAGCUGCAGAAGUUUAUUGAGAAAAAGCCCAAGGCUCUGGCCGCACAAGGCCAGUCAGAGCCUAUGAUCCACGAGCUAGCCCAGGGCCUCCAAGAUAUCCUUGAAGACGCCGCCCAAGCCAAAUCCCACGGGUUGGAGUUGCCCUCGCUAGAAGAAGAGAGGGCAGCUCACGAAGCAGAGCUAGCCAAGCAAGCCCGAGAGCAGCACGAGGAGGAGGAACGCAGGAGACAAGAUGCGAUCAAAGAGGAAGAGAGGGUGAUGCAGGAUAUGAUACAGCAAGAAGUCGACCGGCAACGGACCAAGGUCAAGGAAUCGAAGAAGAAAAACAAACCCCAACCGGCCAAUACUCGCUCUCAAAACCCGCAGGUCUCGGAAACCAAGAGGAUUGAGUUCGACCAAACAUGCGCGGUUACCGACUCAGCUGGGGAUGCCUUUGUGUUCAACGCUGUCACCGGUCGAAGCGAAUUCCGCAAGGGACAGGUCGCCACGACGUACCGAGUCUGGCCACACAUCCCCGGCGGACGAAACGGACCGAGUCUCGCUCUCAAAGAAUUCCACCUACGGUCUGAUCCCAAGGAGUCGGCCCAGUUUAAAAAGCAACUGCAGGCAUUGGAAGGGCAGUUGGAGUCGGUGAAGAAGAUAUCACACCGCAACAUCCUUGAGCUCCUGAACUUCCGCGUCGAUCGAGAGCAUGCCGAGGACGGGCCGGCUUCUAUGGGCUGGACGGUGCGACUCCUCACCCCGCUUGCAGAGAGAGGUGCAUUGGAAGAGUUACUAGAUCUCGCAGGGCGACUCGAAGUGGGAAGAGUUCGCUCGUGGGUAGCUGAUCUACUAAAUGCUCUAGGGCAUCUGCACGGAUCUGGCAUUGUUCACCAGGAUAUUCAUCCUCGAAAUAUACUCCUCUUUAGGGAGCCGACCGGAGAUGUCAUAGUGAAACUUUCCGAUGUCGCCUAUGAAAGGGAGCUGCAUAAUCUCUGCCGUAGGUCGCUCAAAAGCUCGUCUGCGGACUCUGCGAGAUCCACCUACUGGCUACCACCCGAGGUUGCUGGAAGCUCGCGGCCACAGCUCACCCAAAAGACCGACGUAUGGGACCUUGGGGUCGUCUUCUUGCAAAUGAUAUUCGGGCUUGAUGUGUUCCAAAGAUAUCAGUCCCCAGCUGCCCUCAUAGACUCCCUGUCCCUAUCUAGGCCGCUGGAGGAAUUGGUGGCCCGUUUUUUCAAGCUAGAUCCCAAGAAGCGGCCUCGGGCAUUCGAACUGAGCUCCAGUGAAUUUCUUGCAACCGACGCACCCAUCAUCGUUGAUGAUGUCUCCGCUAGCUUCCUUACUCCCAACUCACCGGGUUCGCUAUCACAGGCCCUCCUUAUGCGGCCAAGACACGACUCUAUUACUCGAGCCCAAAUUUCGUCGCGGUAUAAGGAGGAUUUUGUGGAAGAGGCACGGUUGGGUAAGGGAGGCUUCGGCGAGGUUGUGAAGGCGCGAAAGAAGCUCGACGGCCAAAUCUACGCCAUCAAGAAAAUCACCCAACGCUCCCAAGCAAGCCUGUCUGCGGUACUGAAAGAAGUUAGGCUGCUUUCUCAGCUAAGUCACCCCGCCGUCGUGAGAUACUACAAUACCUGGCUGGAGGAGAUACCCGAUUUGCCGGACACGGACGAGGAUACGUCGACCGAGGAUGCCAAUACCGACUCGAAGCAGACUGCCUCACAAGGAAUCGAUAUCCAAUUUGCUCCUAGCGCCGGAGGGUUGGAUUUCAUCUCAUCCAGCCACCCUAAUAUAGAGUUUGGGUACGACGAAUCGGACGCCGAGGAUAACGAGGAUACAGAUGAGGACGCGGACGAGGAUGCGGACGAGGAUGAAGAUGACGAGUCGGACGUGAAUUCCGUCAUCGCUCGUUCCGCUGAGGAUGAGGGCACAGGGCCCACGGCUCCGCUCGGCAAAGUCAAGAGCAAUACAAGACAAUUCGGGACUAUAAUGUACAUCUCCAUGGAAUAUUGCGAAAAGCGGACAUUACGAGACCUUAUCCAAAGACACCUCUACAAGGAGAACGACGAGGUUUGGCGCCUUUUUCGCCAGAUAUUGGAAGGAUUGGCUCAUAUUCACGGGCUUAAUAUCAUCCACCGCGAUCUCAAGCCAGAAAACAUCUUCAUUAGUCUUGGACCUGACGGGGUAAAUAACGUCAAGAUUGGUGACUUCGGGUUGGCUACUGCCGGCCAAUUUGCUGCCGAAAAAUUCACCGCAGCUAGCUUGGAUUCAGGCGACUUAACUAGAAGCAUCGGUACAUCGUAUUACGUUGCCCCGGAGGUCCGAAGAGCGGGAGGAGGGUCAUAUACCUCGAAAGUUGAUAUGUACUCACUCGGAGUUAUCUUCUUCGAGAUGUGCUACCAUCCAGUCGUGGGUAUGGAGAGAGCCGACAAGCUGGGAAAGCUGGGCGACUCCUCCCUCCUUCCGGACGACUUCCAACCCGGUAAUACGGCGAAAUCAGACAUCGUUCUCUCGCUAGUCACACACGACGCGAAGGAACGCCCCGGCAGCAUUGAGCUCCUGAGGAGCGGAAAGCUCCCGAUUCAGAUGGAAAACGAGACGGCGCAGAGAGCGCUUGCAAGCCUCACCAAUUCCGCAUCGCCGUACUAUCCUAAGGUCGUCUCGGCGUUGUUCUCGGCACACUCGGAGCCGACGAAGGACUACGCCUGGGACAUGUCAACGCCAAACCCGACCGUCAUGGAACUGCUCCACCAAAGCGUAGUCAAAGAGGAACUGAUAUCGGUUUUUCGCCGCCAUGGUGCAGUCGAGGCCCCUCGUGGUUCCCUAUAUCCCCGUUCUCGACAUUAUUCUUCCAAUCAAAAUAUCGUUCAGCUAUUGGAUCAAAAUGGCACCGUUGUACAGCUGCCUUUCGACCUAACACUUGGAAAUGCCAGAGUCCUCGCAAGGCACGGCACUACUACUGCCGUUCGGAGAUCCUUCACGUUUGGGAAUGUCUACCGCGAUAGGCAGAACGGCGGACAGCCGCUCACGAUUGGUGAGGUCGACUACGACAUUGUCUCUGCGGAUACCUUGGAUCUUGCCCUCAAGGAGGCCGAAGCAAUCAAGGUGCUGGAUGAGAUUAUCGACGCCUUCCCUUCGACGUCACCCAUGUGCUUUCACCUGAGCCAUUCUGACCUAUUGCAACUCAUCUUCGACUUUUGUAACGUAGAUUUGAGUGCAAGGCAACUGACCGCCGAGUCUCUCAGCAAGCUGAAUAUUCAUAGCUGGACUUUCGCGAAGAUCCGGGCGGAGCUUCGAUCGCCGAUGAUCGGAAUCUCGGCCACCUGCAUCGAAGAUCUUCGCCGGUUCGAUUUCCGAGAUACCCCGACGAAAGCAUUCUCUAAGCUGAAGACUAUCUUCGAAGGCAACCGGCUGUACGAGAGGUUACAACCAACCCUGGCGCAUCUGAAGGAUGUCGUAGAGUACACGAAACGCUUCGGCGUCCACGCCAAGAUUUAUAUCUGCCCACUCAGUAGCGUGAAGGCGAACUUUUUCUCGGGCGGGAUGCUGUUCCAGUGUCUAUAUGACAAGAAGGUCAAAGACGUCUUCGCCGCCGGCGGUCGCUACGAUAGCUUGAUCAAAUCCCACCACCCAAAGAAUGGCCAAGGGCCGCACGCGGUUGGUUUUAGCUUGGCAUGGGAGAAGUUGGCGCGAAUGCCCAAGGCUUCGGGAGGCAAGGCCUUCUUAAAGAAAUCGGAAGAGGAAGGGCAGGGGAUCCUUAAUGCUAAGCGGUGCGACGUUCUCGUCGCCAGCUUCGACGCUCAUACUCUUCGUACGGCGGGUAUCGAAAUCCUGUCGAUGUUGUGGUCUCACGACAUCAGCGCCGAGCUAGCUCGGGACUCUCGAUCUCCUGAUGAGCUAACGUCGAGAAAUCGGGACGAGACGUAUUCGUGGAUAGCUAUCCUCAAACAGGACAACAUGGUGAAGAUAAGAACGAUGGAUCGCAAGGAUAUCCCCGACGCGGAGAUCCCGGUCGCGGAACUGCUUCCCUGGCUACGUACGGCCCUGCGAGAACGCCCCGUCCGCAACCAGGGAUUGCCCAAGGCGUCCGAAGGCGCGAGCGCGAGCGCGGCGCCAGCGGUGCAGGGCGGCGGGGCGCUGGCGGGCAACGCGGGCCAGGAGGUGCGGGUGCUGGUGGCGGGGACGCGGUCGAAGAAGUUCAACCGGCGGAUCGUGAUCGAGCAGGCGCAGGCGAACGCGGCGGCGCACCUGCAGACGUUCCUGGGCGGGCCGAUCGCCGCGGUCGAGACGUCGGACGCGGCGCUGGACCUGAUCGCGGGCACGGCCCUGUCCGAGCCCGAGAGCUGGCGCCGCGCCGAGCAGUCGGUCGACAAGAGCGAGCGCCGCUACUUCCGCGAGAUCCACGACAUGCUGCGCGAGUGGCGGUCCGCCUGGGAGGGGAAGGACAGCGGCGGCAGCGGCAGCAAUAACGGCCGCAGCCGGCACGCCUUCGUCUACAACUUCCGCACCACCAAGUGCAUCUACUACGACCUGGCGGCCUGAGCCGCCCUCGGAAAGGGGGGGGCCCGGCUGGCCGGCCGGCUCGCGGCACAUGCUAUACGGCGAGCUAUGCGCGGCCGGGGGAGUGGAGCUACACCGCGCGGGGGACGAAGCUGGAGAGAUAUGUCGUCGCCUCCUUAGUACGGGGAGAGACGUGUGUAAACAGAAGGGAGAUGGAUAUUUGUGUGGUCACACGUGUUGCUAUGAAGACAGGUAGGCAGGUAGACAGGUAGAUACCCCAAAUGAAGGCCACCCGCUCUGAAUACCCGCCAGAACACGGCGGAGACCGUCCCUGUCGGUGAGAAAGAAAGCGAACGGCGCGUGCACACCGGUUCGAUGUAGGAGGGGGCCCUCGCCUCUCUUAUCGCGGAUGUCCCCUUUCUAGAUGCCGCCGUUUCCGUCUUCGAAGACCCUCGCUAGAAUCCUGCCCCCUGCAAUCUUCAUUCCCUCAGCCGCAGGGGGGGGGGCUGUUGGACUCACGUAUGCGAUAAGUUGCACAGAGAACGC